CACACACACACACACACACACACACACACACAGACACACACACACACAGAGAGAGAGAGAGAGAGAGACGCUUGAAGCAUGCGUUUCAGGGACCUUUUUCUGUGUCGGGGAGGUUGCGGGAAGUCGCAUCGAAUGUCAAAAAAGACCACAGGUGGUCAGAGCGCCGGGGCAUCCGAUGGACCGUCCGUGGCAAUCCGACCGCGAAACAAGGACCUCCCCGUGGUGGUAUACCGACCACCAGCGUCGCCACCUGACUGUGGGCGGGACUCCGUGGAAGCUGAUCCUGUCCUCGGCAUAGAUCUGGGCACGACCUACUGCUGCGCGGCGGUGUGUUUCAACAUGGAUCAUGUGGAAACAGUUCCCAACGAGAUCGGACACAGCACAACGCCGUCCUACGUGGCAUUCACAGAUAGGCACGAGGACUCCGAGGUUCUCGUUGGAGAAGAGGCGCGAAAAUACGGGAUGACGUGUCCCGAGCAGUGUGUAUUCGAGGUCAAGAGGUUGAUGGGGCGAUCGUUCCAUGACCCAAACGUUCAGCAAGACAUAAAAACGUUUCCCUUCAAAGUGUUGCCCGGCCCGCAGGGCGAGGCAAUGGUCGGGGUCUCGAAUCCCGACGGGCGGCAGUCGUUGUUCAAACCGGAGGAGAUAUCAGCGAUGCUGCUGAAGAGGAUGAAGAAGAUCGCAGAAGAUUUCACAAACUGCCAGUCCAUUAGCAAGGCCGUGAUCAGCGUGCCCGCGUACUUUGAUGACAGUCAGCGCAAGGCGACGAUGGAAGCCGGGGAGAGAGCCGGGUUGGAGGUGCUGAGAUUGAUGAGCGAGCCGACGGCAGCGGCGGUGGCCUACGGUCACAAGCGGUUGUUGAGGAGGCGUAGGGAGGAGGAGGAGGAGGAGGAGGAGGAGAAGCAGAUCCUCGUGUUCGAUCUUGGAGGCGGAACGUUCGACGUGUCCGUCAUCACCGUCGCGGCAGGUGCCGACGACGAGAUCCGCUUCAUUGUGAAUGCAGUGGCCGGCGACUGCCAUCUCGGAGGGGUGGACAUCGACAGGCGCCUGCUCGAGCACUUAGCGAGGCAAUUUGAGAGGCAAGGGGGUGGGGAAGGUGUGCUUGCGACGAAUCCGGGGGUGAUUUUCAAGCUUAGGCAGGCCGUCGUGGAGGCCAAGCACGCCCUUUCAGAUCGCGAAGAGACAAAGGUUUGCCUGGAUUGCGGCGGCGGCGGCGGCGGCGGAGGCGGCGGAGGCGGCGGCGGCGGCGGAGGCGGCGCUGUCCUCAGCCUGACACUCGACCGAUCGGAGUUCGAGUCCCUCAUCCGCACAGACCUGCACGACCGAUGCACUGCGGUCGUCGAGCAAGCGCUUCGCGGUGCGGGGAUCCGCAAGGACGGGAUCGCGGACGUAAUCCUGACCGGUGGAUCGACUCGGAUCCCGAUGGUCCAAGACAUGCUGACAGCCUUCUUCGGCAAAGCGCCCAUCAAGGUGGUCCAUCCCGAUCCCGAUGAGGCAGUGGCGUACGGCGCGGCAGUGCAAGCAGGAUUGCUGGCAUCCUCAAGGAGCAACCGCCACCAGAGACUGGAGAGGGGUCACCGUGAUGCUUGUCGGGAUCCGGACGAUUGGCAGCCGUCCUUCUUGGUGACGGAAGUUACACCGCUUAGUAUUGGAAUAAGAAGCUGGGGAGGCGUGAUGCGGGUCGGGAUCCCGAGGAACUCCCCCCUUCCUGCGGCGGGGGAGUUGAACUUCGGCCUCCGCGACAACCAGAAGAGCGCAGUGGUCCCCCUGUACGCGGGCGAGCGCGCUCUCUGCAAGCAUAACCGAUUUCUGGGUCAGUCGACAAUCAAGCGAUUCACCCCAGCGCGCGCGAGCGGCCGGGCAGCAGUGCGUGUGUUGCUCAACGUUGACGUCAACGGGAUUCUGCAUGCGACGUGCGAGGUCACCGCUCAACACUUGGAGAUCGGGAGAAAGGAGGAAGUCAAGGUGGAGACAUUGCGGGCGGAUAUCGACAGAGGGGGCGCGCACGCACUCGCUGCCAUGACCGAUGCUAUAAAUAGCUACACUCCCGAAGCGGAAGCGGAGGAUGCCAGGGUGCGCGCCGCUCACGAAUCGCGACUCGAGUUGUUGCGUCUGGUUUGCAAAUUGCGGACGGAUCGUCGCUGGAGGGCGGACCUGAAACGGAAGAGGCAAUUGAAGGAGGUUUGCGCAUGGUUGAUGCCAGAGACUGAACUUGCGCCAGGAGCGCAGUAUGAAGAGGCGUACGAGUCCUUGCAGAAUCUCAACCAUACCCCGAGUGCCGUAAUUGGGCCUGAGGAGGGCGGAAGGGACACGCUUGAGGAGGUUGCAGGGCACCGGCGUGAGGAGGUUGGAGGGCACACGCUUGACGAGGACGAAGGGCACCGACUUGAGAAGGACGAAGGGCCCGGGCAUGAGGAGGAGGUAGGGCCCGGUCUGGAGAAGGACGAAGGGCCUGGGCAUGAAAAGGACGAAGGGCCUGGGCAUGAAAAGGACGAAGGGCCUGGGCAUGAGAAGGAUGAAGGGCCCGGGCAUGAAAAGGACGAAGGGCCUGGGCAUGAGAAGGAUGAAGGGCCCGGGCAUAAGGAGGUUGGAGGGCACAGGCUUGAGGAGGUUGGAAGGCGCACACUUGAGGAGGAUGAAGGGCACGGACUUGAGAAGGACGAAGGGCCCGGUCUUGAGGAGGAGGUAGGGCCCGGGCGUGAGAGGGAGGUAGGGGCCGGUCGUGAGGACGAUGAACGGCACGACCGUGAGGAGGGCGGAGAGCACAGGCUUGAGGUGGUUGGCGGGCACAGGCUUGAGGAUGUUGGAGGGCACAUGCUUGAGGAGGUUGGAAGGCACACGCUUGAGGAGGAUGAAGGGCACGGACUUGAGAAGGACGAAGGACCCGGGCAUGAGAAGGACAAAUGGCCCGGGCAUGAGGAGGACGUAGGUCCCGGGCAUGAGGAGGAGGUAGGUCCCGGGCACGAGGAGGAAGAGCGGCACGGCCGUGAGGAGGACAGAGAGCACAAGCUUGAGGAGGAUGGAGGGCAGGGCCCUGAGAAAGACGGACCUGAGAAAGACAACGACUCGAUGCCGUAAAGGCCGGCAGGAAGAAAAACCAGUAGAUAGACAGAGACAGGCGGACGAACACACACACACACACACACACACACACACACACACACACAAACACAGAUUAAUUUCUCAGACUUGCAAAACCGUUCUUGUCAAUGGUUUGGACCGGCAGUCUGCUAGGAUUGCAAGGUUGGUGUGAGUAAAGUGGGGACCGCUUUUCUCUCUCAGGGAUUAGAGAGAGAGAGAGAGAGAGAGAGAGAGAGAGAGAGAGAGAGAGGAAUUGAAAUGGCAGAAAUUCAUCUGGAAAGUGCGGAAAAAGGAAACACAGCUACACAGGUAGAUGUCCAGCAAGGGAAGGACGGAAUAAACAAUACCGAUCGUA